CAUACACGAAGGUGUUACAGAUUUUUUGUUUUUCUAUUUAAGUCUGUAAAUUAAAAUUUUAUACCAGUUUGGCAAAAUCAAUCAAACCAACACUUUCGAAUUUUGCUCAACAAAAAAAUACUAUGACCACUUGCAAAAGUUCAAAAUGUCUUGCGCUGGCUUUUUUACUAAUUUGUGUUAUAAACCAAAGUGCCAGCCAAGGACCUGAAAAACUUGUAGAAGCAGACCAAGAAGCGUACAAUAAGGAAAAAAAUGAAGAUGUACAAUUGCCUGAAAAUAAUUCCUUCGUAGAUUUCAUUAUUGUUGGCGGUGGACCCGCAGGUUGUGUAUUAGCUAAUAGACUAUCAGAAAAUCCAAACUGGAACAUAUUACUCCUCGAAGCUGGUUCCACCGAAACCAUCCUCUUUGAUAUCCCAGCUUUAGCCCCUGGCCUUCCAUUGACCCAUGGCAAUUGGAAUUACACAUCAACACCACAAAAAAACGCUUGUUGGGGUAUGAAUGACAAUAUCUGCGCACUUCCACGUGGAAAAUUACUCGGCGGAUCAAGUUGCAUUAAUUUCAUGCUCUACGUUCGUGGAAAUCGAAGAGAUUUCGAUGAACUAGAAAAAAAUGGUAACUACGGUUGGUCGUACAAGGAUGUUUUUUCACUCUUCUUGAAAUCCGAAAUGGCUGAUUCCGAUGAACUUCAACCUCCAUAUCACAAUCGAUCUGGUUUGCAGGGUAAUUCAAUACCAGCUUAUAGAACUGUUAUGGCUGAAGCUUUUGUUAAAGGAUGCAAAGAAUUGGGAUAUCCAGAAGGUGACUACAAUGCUCAAGACCAACUUGUUACAUCAUAUGCCCAAUCAACAACUCUAAAAGGUCAAAGACACUCUGCUGCCAAGGCAUUCAUACAGCCAAUUAUUAAGAAAAGGAAGAACUUACAGGUCUUGACUUUUGCUCAUGUUACUAAGAUUCUUAUUGAUGAUACAUUAACGGCUUUUGGAGUUAAUUAUGUCUUUAGAAAUAAGACUUACACCAUUCGAGCUAAAAAAGAGGUAAUUUUAUCCUCAGGAACUUUCAAUUCACCUCAAUUGCUUAUGUUGUCUGGUGUUGGUCCAAGAGAGAAAUUAAGAAAAGUUGGUAUUAAACAAAAGCUUGAGUUACCUGUUGGUGAGAUAAUGUACGAUCACAUGUCUCAUUUUGGUCCACUUUUUACAACAAAUUCAACGGGAGCUACAUUUUUUGAUUUUCGAAUAACCGAAAACGAUUAUAAAAGAUUCGCAAACGGUGAUCCUUCUACAAGAUUAUCCAGUCUUGGUGGAACUGAAGCUUUUGUAUGGACAAAAAAUCAAACAUUAGCUCCAGAUGAUGAUCGCCCUGAAAUCGAAAUACUUUUUAUGGCAGGCAGUUUAGCUUCUGAUAAUGGAAGAAAUUCAGUACCAGGUGCUAAUUUUAAACAAAGUUUAUACGAUGGGGCUUUUAAGCAUUUACACGAAGACAAAAUUGAACAUUUUACAUUGCUUGUUGUAUUAAUGCAUCCAACAUGUUUUGGUAAACUUUGGCUAAAGGAUAACAAUCCUUUUAGUCCACCAAUUAUAGAUCCUAAUUACUUUUGUAACGAUAUAGAUAUUAAGACUAUGUUGGCAGGAAUUAGGGAAUCAAUACGUAUUGGUGAAGCACCUGCAUUUAAAGCAAUCAAUGCAACUUUGAAUCCAAUUAAGGUUCCAGGUUGUGAAGAACAUGAAUUCGGAACAGAUGAUUAUUGGAUAUGUUCGAUUAAAGUUCUUUCAUAUACUUUGCAUCAUCAAGUGGGUACUUGUAAGAUGGGUCCUUCUAGCGAUCGAACAGCUGUGGUAAGUCCUCAGUUGAAGGUGCAUGGUAUAAGAAAGUUGAGAGUAGCUGAUUGUAGUAUUAUACCAAAGCCAAUAACAGCACAUACCAAUAUUCCAUCUAUAAUGAUUGGCGAAAAAGCAUCUGAUAUGAUCAAAAAGGAAUGGAUUAGAUAUACAUUUAAAUGAGUUAUCCUAGAGGGAUUUUUUUUUAUUUUUAGGGAAAGCCUUUUUUUAAUU